AUGAACAAUAUUGCUAUUAAGAGACAUACCUUUAAGGUUUUCAACCAGGAUUUUACUGUCGAUAAAAGAUUUGAACUGAUCAAAGAGAUUGGACAUGGUGCUUAUGGUGUCGUAUGCUCGGCUAGGUUUAUAGAGGCUACAGAAGACACAACUGUUGCCAUUAAGAAAGUUACAAACAUUUUUUCAAAAACCCUACUUUGUAAAAGAUCGUUACGUGAAUUGAAAUUAUUGAGGCAUUUCAGAGGCCAUAAAAAUAUCACUUGUCUUUAUGACUUAGAUAUUGUGUUUAAUUCAAAGACCGGUGAAUUCAACGGUUUGUAUCUUUAUGAAGAAUUGAUGGAAUGUGAUCUAUAUCAGAUUAUUAAAUCAGGACAACCUUUAACUGAUGCACAUUACCAAAGUUUUACAUACCAGAUAUUAUGUGGUCUAAAAUAUAUACAUUCAGCAGAUGUGCUACAUCGUGAUUUAAAACCAGGUAAUUUGUUAGUCAAUGCUGACUGUCAAUUAAAGAUUUGCGAUUUUGGUUUAGCAAGAGGUUACUCUGAAAAUCCAGUAGAAAAUAAUCAAUUUUUAACUGAAUAUGUUGCCACCAGAUGGUAUAGAGCCCCAGAGAUUAUGUUAAGUUAUCAAGGUUACACGAGAGCCAUUGAUGUUUGGUCAACCGGUUGUAUUUUGGCAGAAUUUUUGGGUGGCAAACCAAUUUUCAAAGGUAAAGAUUACGUAAAUCAACUAAACAGAAUCUUACAAGUCUUGGGUACUCCACCAGAUGAAACAUUGAGGAGGAUCGGUUCAAAGAAUGUACAAGAUUAUAUACAUCAAUUAGGUCACAUUCCAAAAGUACCAUUUUCUAACUUAUACCCCCAAGCCAAUCCAGAUGCAUUGGAUUUAUUAGAAAAGAUGUUAGCAUUUGAUCCCCAAGAUAGAAUUACAGUUAAUGAAGCAUUAGAACACCCAUAUUUAUCUGUCUGGCAUGACCCUUCUGAUGAACCUAUUUGUUUGGAAAAAUUUGAAUUUAGUUUUGAAACAGUUAAUGAAAUGGAUAUGUUAAGAGAAAUGGUAAUUCAAGAAGUCCAAGACUUUAGAGAAUUUGUAAGAAAACCAUUAAUUGAAGAAAAUGAAAAUGGCUUAGUCAAUUCUCCUUCGCAAUCACAACAAUCUGAACAAGAUAUAAUAUCCAAUGUUCAAAUGCAGCAACAGUUAGAUUCUGCAUCAUCUAAUAAUAUGGCCGGUGAUUUCACUAGUGAACUGCAAUCUAAUAACUUACCUAAAACUCGCGAUAAUGAUUUCCCACCUAGUCCACAAGAAAAUAAUAGAUCAGCAAUCACUAGUAAUAAUAAUCAAUUUAAUGGUAUUUUCGAUCUAGAAAAGGAAUUGGAAUUUGGUCUGGAUGGUAAAUAUUUAUAA